AUGAAUAUAAAACAAGUUGAUUCACCUAAUCGAACAGAUGCUGUUCAAAAAUGGCUUGAAGGUCAUCAACAAGAUAAACAUGUUAAAUUUUCACAAAAUUUAACUUCUACUAAUAAAACAAAUGAAAAUGAAACAAAACGUCGUUCAUCUUCUUUUAAUAAUCAAUUUAAUAAUAAAUUAAUUUCGAUUGAUGAAAAUAAUCAACAAUCAGAUAAUUUAACAACUAUUUUAAAUGAAAAAUCAAUAAGAAAAUCAAAUGAUUUAUCAAAUAUAAUUCCUAAUCCUCAAACAUUAAUAACAGAUUCAAGACUUUAUCGUUCAUCAAAUAAUGAUGUUUUAUCUCUUUCAACAAAAAUAUCAUCAUCAUCAUUAACACCAUUAACACGUUCACGUCAAUCUUCAUUUUCAUCAAAUGUUCAUUUUGAACGUGAACGUGAACGUGAACGUACUUCUUCAAUAGUAUCAUCUAUUGAAUCAACACCUUCUUAUAUAUUAUCAUCAAUUAAUAAAGAUCGUUUAUGUUCACUUGAAUUGAAUUCAUCAUUAUCAGAAAUCGAUAGAAAAAAAUUUGAUGAUAUACGUCAAUUAGUUCCUGGUGAAUUUGAAAAUUUAGUUCCAAUAUUAAUUAAAUUAGGUGUUUUAAUAAUACCUAAAAAGUUUUUUGAAAUAAAUAAUGAAGAUAUAUCAGGAAAAGAUUUAAUUGAACGUCAUAGAUUAAUAUCAUUAAUUAAACAAUAUGAAGAUAAUAUUAAACAUAAAGAAUAUAUUGAAUAUUUAUAUAGAUCAACAUCAUAUGAUAAUUAUAUUUAUAAUAAUUAUUUAUUAAGAGAUAAACUUUCAUAUAAAGGUCAAUUAGCAUUACUUUCAGCUUAUAAAGAUGAAAUUGAACGGGAAUUAAAUAAAAAAAUUCAACAUUGGAAAUCAAUUUCAAUUGAAAAUAAUCGAACAAAUUUAUCAGAAUAUUCUUAUUCAACAAAUCGAUCAUCUUUUAUAUCAAAUUCAUAUCAAAUAAGAAAAAAAUCAAUUAAAAAUAGUUUAUCUUCAAUAAAAUCAUCUAAAGAUUUAUUAUUAACAAAUAAUAAUUAUUUAUUAACAAUAAAAUUACCUGAUAAUAUUGAUCAACAAUGGUUAAAUAAAUCUAUUGCUCAUUCUAUUGAACAUUCUAUGAUUUUAUUAGAUAAAAUAAGAUCAUUAUCUUCAAAUGAUUUUAUAAAUAUACCAUAUGAUUAUUUAUUUAUUCAACAAAAUAUUUAUCAAAAAAAUCAAAUUGAUUUUGUCAAAUCAUAUAAACAAUGGUUAUUACUAUGUUCCAUUCUUUAUACAGAACAUAAUUUAUCUUUUUAA